CAGCCAGUCGUGUGAUGGGUUUAGGCCCAUCUCAGUGCCGGCUGAUCCUAGGCAACUGUUAGGGCUCCCCAGGGCCAGGCUCCCUGCCCUCGCAGCCCCUAUGCCUGUGCCACCCCCCACUUUACUGGCCUUUUCCUUCCCAGGUGGCUUCUACAUGCUCCUGGACCCCAAGAAUGCAAAACCAAGGCAGAGAUCUGCCCUCCUGAGCCCUCUGAUCCAGUCCUCCGGCUGCCUGAGCCUGUCCUUUCACUACACCCUACAUGGCCAGUCUCCUGGUGCAGCCCUCAUGGUCUAUGCUUCUGUCUUGGGCAGCAUCCGGAAACACACACUCUUCUCAGGACAACCCGGACCCAACUGGCAGCCUGUUUCUGUCAAUUACACAGGCCAGGGACAGAUUCAGUUCACCGUGGUGGGCGUGUUUGGAAAGAUCCCAGAGCCAGUGGUGGCGGUGGAUGCAAUCAGCAUUGCUCCCUGCGGGGAGAGCUUUCCUCAGUGUGACUUUGAAGAUGAGGCCCAUCCCUUCUGUGACUGGGUCCAGGCAUUGCAGGAUGGCGGACACUGGACCCAGGGAAGUAAAAAUACGCUCAUCCAGGGUACAGGCCCCUUGGGAGUCUCCCUUAAUGGAGAGGGUCACUUUGUCUACCUUGAGGCUGACAAGUUCUCCCAGGCAGGCCAGUCUUUCCGACUGGCGAGCCGGACCUUCUGUGCCCCGGGUGUGAUCUGUGUGGAGUUUACCUACCACAUGUACGGCCUCGGAAACGGCACGAAACUCAGGCUUCUGUUGGGGAGCCCUGCGGACAGUUCCCCAACUUCUCUCUGGGAACGAGUUGGGUCUCAAAGCGCUGACUGGCUGAACGACUCCAUCACCGUCCCUUCGGGACGUCAACAGCCCAUGCAGCUGAUGUUUGAGGCCGAGAGGGGCACCAGCACCGCCUUCGUUGUUGCUCUGGAUUUCAUCUUGAUCAGUCACGGGACCUGUCAAGGAUCUGCGUCAGUAGCGCCUCCUUCCAAACCUCCUGUUACCCGCACUGGCCCUCCUGAAACCCCUGUCCGCACAGAGAAACCUGUGGCCCCUGAGGAAACACCCACCGUCCCCACUGAAAUAUCCACUGUCCCCACAGAGAAGCCUGUGGCCCGCACAGAAAAACCGACUGUCCCUAGUGAAAUAUCCACGGUCCCCACAGAAAAACCCACGGUCCCCACCGAAAGGACCACCAUCCCCACAGAAAAACCCACGGUCCCCACCGAAAAGACCACCAUCCCCACAGAAAAACCCACGGUCCCCACCGAAAGGACCACCAUCCCCACGGAAAAACCCACGGUCCCCACCGAAAGGACCACCAUCCCCACUGAAAGGACCACCAUCCCCACGGAAAAACCCACGGUCCCCAGUGAAAGGCCCACAGUUCCCACGACACCCCAGCCCAGCCCAACUCUUGUACCCACCUGGCCAGCAGCUUUCGUGAUGCCAAGUACCUCCAUGACCACUGUGACCCAGGCCACCACUGCAACCCCGAGACCUACUCCAGUGAGCUGCCCGCCGAACGCCCACUACGAGCACUGCGCCUGCCCGGCAUCCUGCCAGAGCCCCACGCCCAACUGUGGGCUCCUUUGCAAGCCCGGCUGUGUCUGCGAGCCUGGCUUUCUGUUCAGCGACUCCCGCUGCAUCAAUGCCUCUUCCUGCAAUUGCUUCUACAACGACAAUUACUAUAAGCCAGGGACAGCGUGGUUCAGCCCCAGCUGCACAGAACGUUGCCGCUGCCAGCCUGGCAGUCGGACGGAGUGCCAGCCCUAUCAGUGCGGGACACGUACAGCGUGCCAGCUGAAGAAUGGCCAGUACGGAUGCCACCCCUAUGGCACUGCCACCUGCUUCAUCUAUGGAGACCCUCAUUACUUCACUUUCGACGGGAGGCACUUUACCUUCAUGGGCAAGUGCACCUACAUCCUGGCCCAACCCUGUGGCAACUCGACAGAGCCAUUCUUCAGGCUGACGGUGAAGAACGAGGAGCGAGGACAGGAGGGCGUGUCCUGCCUGAGCAAGGUCUACGUGACUCUGCCCGAAACCACCAUCACCCUGCUCAAGGGCAGACACACGCUGGUUGGGGGUCAGCGGGUCACCCUCCCAGCCAUACCUUCUAAAGGCAUCUUCCUGACUCCAAGUGGGCGAUUUGUGCAGCUGCAGACGGCAUUCGGGCUGCGGGUGAGAUGGGAUGGUGACCAGCAGCUGUCUGUGAGCGUGCCCAGCACCUACUCCAGCAAACUCUGCGGUUUCUGUGGCAACUAUGAUGGCGACAGUAGCAACGACAACCGGAAGCCGGAUGGCAGACCAGCGCGAGACGAGACGGAGCUGGGUAGCAGCUGGCAGGCCUCGGAGGAUGAGGACCAGGAGUGCCAGGAAAAGCAGGCAUCUCCCCCACCUUGCGACACUGCCUUGCAGAACACUGUGUCGGGGCCAGAGUUCUGUGGACGGCUCACGGUCGCUCACGGAGCUUUUGAGGCCUGCCUGCCUCACCUCAGGGCCUCUUCCUUCUUCGACAACUGCGUGUUUGACAUGUGUAAUUUCCAGGGGCUACAGCAGAUGCUGUGUGCCCACAUGUCGGCCUUGACUGAGACCUGCCAGGAUGCCGGCUACGUGGUGAAGCCCUGGAGAGGACCCCAGUUCUGCCCGCUGGCCUGUCCCCCCAACAGCAGGUACACCCUGUGUGCCAAGCUGUGCCCCGACACCUGCCAUUCCGAGUUCUCGGGCAUGGCCUGCCAGAACCGCUGCGUGGAGGGCUGUGAGUGCGACCCGGGCUUCGUCCUCAGCGGUCUCCAGUGCGUCCCCAGGUCCGAAUGUGGCUGCCUUGACCCCACGGCCGGCUACUUCAAGGUAGGGGAGCGGUGGUUCAAGCCAGGCUGCAGACAGCUCUGCAUCUGUGAGGGCAGCAACAGAACUCGCUGUGUGCAGUGGAGGUGCCAGGCCCAGGAGGUGUGUGGUCGGCAGGAUGGCAUCUACGGCUGCCACGCUCAAGGGUCUGCCACCUGCACUGUCUCGGGGGACCCGCAUUACCUGACAUUCGACGGAGCCCUGCACCACUUCAUGGGCACCUGCACCUACACCCUGACCCGGCCUUGUUGGUUGAGGUCCCCAGAGAAUUACUUCAUCGUGAGCGCCACCAACGAGUUCCGCGGUGGAAACCUGGAGGCCUCCUAUGUCAAAGCCGUCCAAGUGCAGGUCUUCAACCUCAGAAUCUCCAUGAUCAAAGGCCGCAAGGUCGUGCUGGACGGUCGCCGGGUGGCCGUGCCCGUGUGGCCUGCACAAGGCCGGGUGAACGUGAGGUCCAGUGGCUCCUUUAUCCUCCUCUACACGGACUUUGGGCUUCAAGUUCGCUAUGACGGGAACCACCUGGUGGAAGUGACCGUGCCCUCCUCCUACGCCGGCCGGCUCUGCGGGAUGUGCGGGAACUUCAACAACAACAGCCUAGACGACAAUCUGCAGCCUGAUAAAAGGCCUGCAGUCAGCUCCGCGCACCUGGGGGCCUCCUGGAAGCUAAAUGAGUUAUCUGAACCUGGCUGCUUUGCUGCGGGUGGCAAGCCCCCCAGGUGCCUGGGGAAGAAAGUGACGGACGCCUGGAAUAAAAACUGUGAUAUCUUAAUGAACCCUCAGGGACCCUUCUCCCAGUGCCACGGGGUGGUGGCCCCGCACUCCAGCUUCACCAGUUGCGUGUACGGCCAGUGUGGGACCAAGGGCGACGCCUUGACCCUGUGCCGCUCCCUGCAGGCCUACACGUCCCUGUGUGCCCGCGCAGGCCAGGCCCUCGCCUGGCGGAACCCCACCUUCUGCCCUCUGAACUGCCCACUGGGCAGCAGCUACAGCACCUGUGCCAACCCCUGCCCGGCCACCUGCCUCAGCCCGAGUACUCCAUCAUACUGCCCGUCCUCGCUGCCCUGUGCCGAGGGCUGCGAGUGCCAGAAAGGCCACAUCCUGAGUGGGACCUCCUGUGUGCCCCUCAGCCAGUGUGGCUGCACCAGCCAGAGGGGCUCCUACCACCCGGUCGGGGAGAGCUGGUACACGGACAACACCUGCUCCAGGCUCUGCACCUGCUCGGCUCACAACAACAUCUCCUGCCUCCAAACCGCCUGCAAGCCUGGCCAGAUGUGCUGGUCCCAGGAUGGGCUGAUACGGUGCCGGGCGGCAGGGAUGGGAGAGUGCCGCAUCCGCGACACGUCCCACUACGUAAGCUUUGAUGGCAGUUACCAUGUGGUUAGGGGCACCUGCACUUACGUCUUGGUGAAAAUAUGCCACUCCACCAUGGACCAGCCUUUCUUCAAGAUCAGUGGCAAGAAUGGGAAGCGGAAAGACCAACCCCACACUUUCUACCUCCGCCAGGUCCACGUGGACAUCUUUAAUACCCUGGUCACCCUGAAGAAGGACCAAGUGCUGAUCAAUGGCACACAGGUCACCCUCCCGGCGACCACCCAGAUCCGGGGAGUCAAAGUCAUUUCCAGGGACGGCUACACCGUGCUCACCAUCAACAUCGGGGUGCAAGUCAAGUUUGACGGCAGUGGUUUCCUAGAGGUCGAAAUCCCCAAAGCCUAUUAUGAAAAGACCUGCGGCAUGUGCGGGAACUUCAAUGGUGAGGAAGAAGACGAACUAUUGAUGCCUAAUGACGAACUAGCCCUGGAUGACGUCACGUAUGUGGAUAGUUGGCAAGACAAGGAGAUCGACCCAAAUUGCCAAGAAGAUGACAAGAAGACUGAAGCAGAACCUCAGGAGAAGCCAAAUACAAACUGCCGGGCAGCUGACCUGGCAAGAGCCCAGGAGCAAUGCCAGGCGGCUUUUCAGGCUCCAGCCUGGGCGAAGUGUGCCACCCGCGUGAUUCUCAGUCCCUUCUUGCUCAGAUGUACCCACAGCCUCUGUGAGUUUGGAGACCUCAACCAUGCCCUCUGCCAGUCUCUGCAAGCCUUCGGGGCCGCCUGCCAGGCCCAGGGGAUCAAGCCUCCGAUCUGGAGAAACAGCAGCUUCUGCCCUCUGGACUGCUCCGCCCACAGCGUCUACACCACCUGCGUUCCCUCCUGCCCUCCUUCCUGCUGGGACCCAGAAGGCCAGUGCAAAGGCUCCAGAGUUCCCUCCACCUGCGAGGAGGGCUGUGUCUGUGAGCCCGGCUACGUGCUCAGUGGAUGGCAGUGUGUGCCCAGGAGCCAGUGCAGCUGCAGGGACGCCCAGGGCAACUCCCUCCCUGCGGGUAAGUCCUGGUUCUCCAGAGGCUGCUCCAAGAGGUGUGCCUGCAGAGCGGGCGCCGUUCAGUGCUGGCCCUUCACCUGCCCCUCGGGCUCCCGGUGCCAGCCCAACGAGGACGGCAAAGACUACUGCGCACCUGAGAAGUCAGAGCAAUGCACAAUUUAUGGGGACCCCCGUUACCACACAUUUGAUGGCCUCAGCUACCGCUUCCAGGGCCGCAUGACCUACUUUCUGAUCAAGACCUUGGACGUGCUCCCUGAUGGGGUGGAGCCCUUGGUCGUGGAGGGCCGCAACAAGGUGUAUCCGUCCUUCAACCCCAUCUUCCUGCACGAAAUCAUCGUGGUGGUCUACGGCUACACAGUCCAGCUCCAGACGGAACUGGGACUUGUAGUCAACGGUCAGAAGAUGGCCAUCCCCUACGAGCCCAACGACCAGCUGCGGGUCAUCAUGCGAGGCCAUCGCCUGUAUCUGAUCACAGACUUUGAGCUGGUCAUCAGCUUCAAUGGAAAGAACAAUGCAGUGAUCUCCCUGCCCAUCACGUACCGGAGGCUUGUGCGCGGCCUGUGCGGCAACUACGACCAGAACAAGAGGAAUGAUUUUAUGCUGCCCAACGGUGCCCUCACCCAGAACCUCCUUGUCUUUGGCAACAGUUGGGAAGUGAAGAAGACCAAGGGAGGCCUCCCCCGCUUCUCAAGGGAGGUACAAGAGGAGGAAGUGAAAGAAGAAGAGGCGUCAGGCUUUCAUGUGUCAGAAUGCAGCCCAGCGCAGCUGGAGCUCAUCGACCACACACAGGCGUGUAGGGUGCUGGUGGACCCCCAGGGCCCCUUUGCUGCCUGUCACCAGCCUGUGGCCCCAGAACUCUUCCUGGAGCACUGUGUGUCUGAUCUGUGUGCCGCCCGGGACCCCAUAGAGCAGGAGGAGCUGCGUUGCCAGGUCCUCAGCGGGUACGCCAUCAUCUGCCAGGAGGCGGGCGCCGCCCCGGUCGGCUGGCGGGACCACACCCGCUGCGCCUUGCCGUGUCCAGCCAAUACCGUCUAUCAGAGCUGUAUGACACCCUGCCCAGCCUCCUGUGCCACCCUGGCAGCUCCCAGGGACUGCAAGGGCCCCUGUGUGGAGGGCUGUGCCAGCCUCCCAGGCUACAUCUACAGUGGUGCCCAGAGCCUCCCCCUGGCCCACUGCGGCUGCACCAACAAUGGCAUCUACUACCAGCAGGGUGACAGCUUCGUGACCGAGGAUUGCUCCCAGCGCUGCACCUGUGCCAGCUCGGGGGUCCUGCUGUGUGAGCCCCUCAGCUGCAGCCCUGGGGAGAUCUGCACCCUGGGGAACCUCACUCGUGGCUGCUUCCGAGACAGCCCGUGCCUACAGAACCCCUGUCAGAAUGAUGGUCGGUGCCAGGAGCAGGGAACCCACUUCACCUGUGAGUGUGAGCUUGGUUACGGGGGCCACCUCUGCACGGAGCCUCGGGAUGUGCCACCCACCAAAACGCCAGAAGCCUCCAACUUUGUGGUCACCCUGUUGGGAUGGCUGGUGCCUGUGCUGGUCAUAGUGUCAGCAGUGACCGGAGAAUGCAUUUCCAGGAAGAGGAGGAGGGAGAAAAUGCAGAGCCAGACCAGAGGCAAGCUGCCAGAUUUUGCUCCAGAGCAUGCCUUCAAAGUCGCUCAGUUCUGAGUUGUCCACAGAAGAAGGAGACAUAAAAUUAUUUAUUUUUGAGAUGUGAA